AUGCGCUUUCUACUGUUUUUGGCAUUUUUCGCUUUUGUGUCGUUGUCCUUUAACCAGGCAAACGGCGAUGUAACUAAUACUACUGAAGUUACUACUCCUACGACAUCAACAACAGCAGCUCCGACAACAAUAGCAGCUACGACAACAACAGCAGCUCCGACAACAACGGCAGCUCCGACAACAACGGAAGCUCCGACCACAACAGCAGCUCCGACAACAACAGCAGCUACGACAACAACAGCAGCUGCGACCACAACGGCAGCUCCGACCACAACAGCAGCUACGACAACAACAGCAGCUCCGACAACAACAGCAGCUACGACAACAACGGCAGCUCCGACCACAACAGCAGCUCCGACCACAACAGCAGCUACGACAGCAACAGCAGCUCCGACAACAACAGCAGCUACGACAACAACGGCAGCUCCGACCACAACAGCAGCUCCGACCACAACAGCAGCUACGACAACAACAGCAGCUCCGACAACAACAGCAGCUACGACAACAACGGCAGCUCCGACAACAACGGCAGCUACGACCACAACGGCAGCUCCGACCACAACAGCAGCUACGACCACAACAGCAGCUCCGACAACAACAGCAGCUCCGACAACAACGGCAGCUACGACCACAACGGCAGCUCCGACCACAACAGCAGCUACGACAACAACAGCAGCUCCGACAACAACAGCAGCUACGACAACAACGGCAGCUCCGACCACAACAGCAGCUCCGACCACAACAGCAGCUACGACAGCAACAGCAGCUCCGACAACAACAGCAGCUACGACAACAACGGCAGCUCCGACAACAACAGCAGCUCCGACCACAACAGCAGCUACGACAGCAACAGCAGCUCCGACAACAACAGCAGCUACGACAACAACGGCAGCUCCGACAACAACAGCAGCUCCGACAACAACGGCAGCUACGACCACAACGGCAGCUCCGACCACAACAGCAGCUACGACAACAACAGCAGCUCCGACAACAACAGCAGCUACGACAACAACGGCAGCUCCGACCACAAUAGCAGCUACGACAGCAACAGCAGCUCCGACAACAACAGCAGCUACGACAACAACGGCAGCUCCGACAACAACAGCAGCUACGACAACAACGGCAGCUCCGACCACAAUAGCAGCUACGACAGCAACAGCAGCUCCGACAACAACAGCAGCUACGACAACAACAGCAGCUCCGACAACAACAGCAGCUACGACAACAACGGCAGCUCCGACCACAACAGCAGCUACGACAGCAACAGCAGCUCCGACAACAACAGCAGCUACGACAACAACGGCAGCUCCGACCACAACAGCAGCUCCGACCACAACAGCAGCUACGACAACAACAGCAAACGGCGAUGUAACUAAUACUACUGAAGUUACUACUCCUACGACAUCAACAGCAGCUCCGACAACAACGGCAGAUCCGACAACAACAGCAGCUCCGACAACAACAGCAGCUGCGAUAACAACGGCAGCUCCGACAACAACAGCAACUCCGACAACAACGGCAGCUCCGACAACAACAGCAGCUCCGACAACAACAGCAGCUACGACAACAACAGCAGCUCCAACAACAACGGAAGCUCCGACAACAACGGAAGCUCCGACAACAACGGAAGCUCCGACAACAACAGAAGCUCCGACAACAACGGAAGCUCCGACAACAACGGAAGCUCCGACAACAACGGAAGCUCCGACAACAACAGCAGCUCCGACAACGACGGCAACUCCGACAACAACAGCAGCUCCGACAACAACGCCACCAUUAAACGCAGCGGAAUUAACAAAUACAACAACAGCAGCUCCGACAACAACUCCAGCUCCGACAACAACAGCAGCUUCGACAGCAAAGCAAGCAGUAGUAGCCCCAGCAAGAACAUCUUCGUCAAAGCUUAAGACAGAUGAUAAUAAUCGUCUGAGUGGUCGACACCAUCGAAUCGAUAGAACAAAGUUCGUUCCAUUCCGUAAAGCUUUCGGUCCAGACCAUAGGGGUAUGGGACCAAGAGGAGAUCACGGCGUUAUGCGAGGACCACAUGGUUGCUAA